AUGCCUUCUACCGUCAUGCGCAUGCGCACCUUGGGCGCCUUUGCCCGCCACGCGAGCAACCCCACGGCCGUCUUCGCCAGACAGUUCUCCGCCACUGUCCGUCGCGCCGAGAUCAACAAGGUCCUCCCCUCUGCCGCCGAGGCCAUCAAGGACAUGAAGCCCAACGCAACUCUUCUCUGCGGCGGCUUCGGUCUUUGCGGUGUUCCCGAUACUCUGAUUGACGAAGUUCUCAAGAAGCCCGAGAUUGUUGGCCUUACCGCUGUUUCCAACAAUGCUGGUACUGACAACUCUGGUCUUGGCAAGCUUCUCAAGACCAAGCAGGUCAAGAAGAUGGUGGCCAGCUACAUUGGCGAGAACAAGACCUUUGAGACCAUGUAUCUGACCGGUGAGGUCGAGCUCGAGCUGACUCCCCAGGGCACCCUCGCCGAGCGAUGCGCUGCUGGCGGCAAGGGUAUCCCCGCCUUUUACACUCCCGCUGCCUUUGGCACCGUUGUCCAGACUGGAGACCUACCUCUCAAGAACAAGGCCGACGGAACUCCCGACGAAUACUCAUACCCCAAGGACGUCAAGGUCUUCAACGGCAAGUCCUACCUUCUGGAGCAUAGCAUUGCCGGCGACUACGCCUUUGUCAAGGCCUACAAGGCCGAUAAGCUCGGCAACUGCCAGUUCCGUCUCGCUGCCAACAACUUCAACGGUGCCAUGGGUCGUAAUGCCAAGAUCACCAUUGUCGAGGCCGAGCACAUUGUCGAGCCUGGCGAAAUUCCUCCUGAGGCUGUCCAUUUGCCCGGCAUCUAUGUCAAGCGCGUCAUUCAGAGCAGUAGUCCCAAGAAUAUCGAAAAGUACACCUUCAGCAAAAACGACAACGACCCUGAUGCCAAGGCUGCCCUCGGUACCGGAGAGACGGCCGCCAAGCGUGAGCGCAUUGUUCGCCGUGCUGCCAAGGAGUUCAAGAACGGCAUGUACGCCAACCUGGGUAUCGGUAUGCCUAUGCUCGCCCCCGGCUUUGUUGGGCCCGAGGUAGAGGUUCAGCUUCAAUCCGAGAACGGUAUUCUCGGCCUUGGACCCUACCCCAAGAAGGGCUCCGAGGACGCCGAUUUGAUCAACGCCGGCAAGGAGACUGUCACGCUUAACCCUGGUGCCGCCGUCUUUGGCAGCGAAGAGAGUUUCGGCAUGAUUCGCAGUGGCCGAAUCGAUCUUACUAUUCUUGGUGCCAUGCAGGUCAGCGCCAGCGGUGACCUCGCCAACUGGAUGCUGCCCGGAAAGGUCAAGGGAUUUGGCGGUGCCAUGGACCUCGUCAGCAAUCCAUCUGCCACCAAGGUCGUCGUCACCAUGGAGCACACCGACAAGAAGGGCAACCCCAAGAUCAUGAAGCAGUGCGCUUUUCCUCUGACCGGACGCGCUUGCGUUUCACGAAUCAUUACCGAGCUUGGUGUCUUCGACGUCGACUUUGUCAAGGGCCUUACCCUGAUUGAAAUUGCCGACGGUUUAACGGUUGACGAGAUUAAGAGCAAGACCGAGGCUCCCUUCAAGGUUGCCAAUGACUUGAAGCCUAUGCUGGGAGGUGCCUGUCUGCAUGCAUGGAAGAUAUUCUCGGAAUUUCUCAUGACUGGCGAGCAAAACGACCCAGCGCUCGACCUGUAUCGGUUCCGACAGCAUCUUUGUCACCCAGAAGAAGAGCUGAAGCUGUAUAUUCAGCCCCUUAACUCUGCAUCUGUGGACUUCAUUUCACACAUCAUCAUUUCUGGGAACUGUAUCUUUCAAGGUAAUGAGCUCUUGGCGCUAGCCGAUAUGAAGAAUCUGGGUGUGUUGGAGCUCAUCAAGCCCGCGGACGGCAUUUUCGCCUCGUUUCCCCAAGUGAACGACCGCAUCAUCCGUGGCUGGUCGGAGGCAGUCGACCCUUUCCCUUUACUGCGAGUUUUAAAAAUCUGGGGCGAUCAGACGGUCACCGAGGUGUCACUACGGUGGGCAGCAAAGUUUCCGUCUCUGGUGCUCUACGAUGUUAUAGCGGGCAAGGACGGCUGGACGUCUGCAUGCGAAGAAGCGAAAGCAACAGGCUGGACAGUAUCUCAACAAAUAGCAAGGUCGGAGGACAUGUCUAUUCUCCGAUAUCUGAUGCUUUUUGCCCCCAGCGAAGAUAUGGCCAUGAAACGGUUCUUUGAUCUGUCUAGGAGCAUCGACGACGACCUUAUCAACUUGUCCAGAGACGCACGCUGCGUGCUUAAGCAUGUGUCAUACAACGAGGCGCCGCCGCUUCUCGACUGCUUGAUGGAUUCAGCCAAGGUGUCUGUGAUACAGCCUGACAUUUCUCGUAAAGCGGUGCCGACCGAAACCCAAUUUUGCCAUGAAGCCGCGUUUGAGGCAUGGGCAUUUUGGCUAUAUUCUCUAAUAGGUCAGCUUUCCGGUGACCGCGACAUGGAGAGCAGGGGCAUCGGACCGAAGCAACAGACCGUCGCUGGACCGUUUGUGCUGCCAUCGAAGCCCAUGGCAUGCCUUUUUCUCGGGCACAGUGGCCACGGCGGCAUCACCAGCAAGCCGUCAUACAUCAGCAGAGGGUUGUUUGCGACUAAGCGUUUUACAUUUACCAGGCUCGAAAUUUUGAAGGGCAUUAUCCCGCCAAACACCAGACUUGCAGCAGGAGCUGCCAAUUCCGAGAUUGCACCAAAGCGGCAGGCUUCGGUGAAGCAUAACAAGCGGAAGCGGAUCGAGGAUGUCUUGGGUUCCUUUGGCUGA